AUGAGUGUUCCUGAAUCGUUUGUACGCAUCGAAAAUUGGUUAUCUACGCACGCACCUAGUCUUCUUCGACAAUUGAAUAAACCUGGUAUAUCUGUAGCUGAACUUGACAAAGCAGAAGCAACCCUUGGCGCAAAAUUUCCUCCAUCGGUUCGCGAAGCUUAUACACAUUAUGAUGGUGAAUCGAAAGAAUCGACAGGUCUGUUUGGUUCCUGGCGUUGGCUGCCUUUAUGUGAAAUAAUUCAGUGGAAUGAUGAACAACAGCGAAAAGUUCAAAAAACUCAUCUUGUAGAUUUCAAACCAUCGUUUAUGAUUCCUCUAUUAAAAUUAACAAGUACCAAUAGCGAUAUGCGCUAUGUCGAGACCAGUGGUGACGACGGACAAGAAGAAACACCUGUGAUCGAGUGGAAUCAUAAUCGACCGGUACGAGAUAUCAAAUACGGAAGUUUUGCUAAUUACUUAUCAACAUUUGCUGAAAGACUCGAACUUGGUGAAUACAUACCUGAUAACAAUGACACAAAUAAAGCUCACGGACUUGUUCUGAAACAUUAA